GUCUGGCAACGCCCUUCCAUUUCCUCCUCCCCUUUUCAAGAUGGCAGCGUAGAUCGCCUAUCUUUUGGUUACUUUUGGCGUUGAUUCGGUGUUCGGGUGGUUGCGCGAAACUGGGUAAACAAAGUUCAAAAGCGCGUUUGCCAAGCCGGCUGUCGCCUCCGAGACGAUGGAGAAGGCCAAGGGCGCCGACCCGACGUCACCGAACCACAAGGGCCAGGCGCUGAAGCCGGCCAACAACGGGUCGCUGGAGGGGCUCGAGUCCAAGUCGAGCUCACUCAACUCCAAGCUGGGGCCGCGUUCCGUGGGCAGCCACAGUUCUCACUCGCCGUCGCUGUGCUCAUCGUCGUCCACGUCUACCGAGAACAUGCAGCUCGCUCAGGAGCUCAAGAUGCGGGAAGUGUCCAAGGUGCCGAAGUCCCAGGAGCCUCCGCUGCUGCCCGGGGAGCAGCCCCACGUUGUCCAGAAGGCCAGGGACGUGACCUACCUGUGCCCGUUCCAGGGACCAAUCCGUGGCUGCCUCUUCAUCACAAACUACAAGCUGUACUUCAGGGGCAUUGACAAGGAGCCCAAGUUCACGAUGGAGGUGCCCCUGGGGGUAGUGAGCCGCAUCGAGAAGGUGGGCUACGCCUCGAGCCGGGGCGAGAACUCGUACGGCAUCGAGCUGUUCUGCAAGGACCUGCGCAACCUCAAGUUUGCCCACAAGCAGGAGAACCACUCACGCAGGGACAUCUUCGACAAGCUUCACAAGUUCGCCUUCCCCCUCUCCAACGGGCUGCCCCUGUUUGCCUUUGAGUACGGCGGGCGCUUCACGGCCAACGGCUGGGCUGUGUACGACCCAGUGGCGGAGUACCGCCGGCAGGGCCUGCCCACCGAGAGCUGGCGAGUGAGCCGCGCCAACGAGGGCUACCGCCUCUGCGACACCUACCCCGCCCUGCUGGCCGUCCCAGCGGCUGCGGACGACAGCCUUCUGGAAGCGGUGGCCGCCUUCAGGAGCCGGGGUCGCAUCCCGGUGCUCUCGUGGAUCCACCCGGAGAGCCAGGCGACGAUCACGCGCUGCAGCCAGCCCAACGUGGGGGUGAGCGGGAAGCGCAGCACGGAGGACGAGAGCUACGUCCAGAUGAUCAUGGACGCCAACGCCCAGUCGCACAAGCUCUUCAUCAUGGACGCUCGGCCCAGCGUCAAUGCCGUCGCCAACAAGGCGAAGGGCGGGGGCUACGAGAGCGAAGAGGCGUACCGGUGUGCGGAGCUGUGCUUCCUGGACAUCCACAACAUCCACGUGAUGCGUGAGAGCCUGCGCAAGCUGAAGGAGGCCUGCUUCCCGGCAAUGGAGGAGUCCCGCUGGCUCUCGACCCUGGAGGCCACCCACUGGCUGGAGCACCUCCGGGCCGUGCUGGCCGGGGCCCUCAGGGUGGCCCACCGUCUGGAGGGGGCCAAGUGCUCCGUGGUGGUGCACUGCAGCGACGGCUGGGACCGCACCGCGCAGCUGACCAGCCUGGCAAUGCUGAUGCUGGACCCGUACUACCGCACCAUCAAGGGCUACGAGGUGCUCAUCGAGAAAGAGUGGCUCAGCUUCGGACACAAGUUCGCGCAGAGGAUUGGUCACGGGGACGACAAGCAUUCGGACGCGGACCGGUCUCCAGUCUUCCUCCAGUUUGUGGAUUGCACCUGGCAGAUCAUGAACCAGUUCAAGAAUGCCUUUGAGUUCAACGAGCACUUCCUGAUCACCAUCCUGGACCACCUGUACAGCUGCCUCUUCGGGACCUUCCUCUACAACUCGGAGCAGCAGAGGAUGAAAGAGGGUGUGCGUGAGCGCACGCAGUCGCUCUGGUCGAUGGUGAACAGCGAGGUGGAGGAGUACAGCAAUCCGCUGUACACCACCUACCCUCAGCAGCAGGUGCUGUUCCCUGUGGCCAGCCUCAGGCGCCUCCAGCUCUGGAAGGGCUACUACUGCCGCUGGAAUCCACGCAUGCGCCUGCAGGAACCCCUGCAGGUGCGGAGCAGGGAGCUGCUCCAGCUGCGAGCUCAGCUGCAGAAGCAGCUGCAGGAGCUGAAGAAGGAGCACGAGAGCAAGUCACGCCUCCCGCCCAGGGUGUCCUCCCCAAUUACGGUCUAGCCACCCUGUGCAUCCGUCGCCAUCUCACUUCUGUGCACCCAAGGCUCUCUCUUUGGACUGAAAGGGAUGCUCUGCUCUUCUCACCAUUUCAGUGACUACGUAUACUGGUGUAGUACAGAUAUUACUUUUUUUUUGCCGUAUUCUGUACUAUCGUGUGCUACGUACGCCAGCUCAUGUCUACAAACAAACCGGAAUGCCCCUGGCGGCACGCCACCAGCGCCGCGCAUGCGUGACGAGGUGUGGGCAAGAAGCGCGCCGUCCCACAUCGAAAAGCCAUUGGAAUUUGAUGUUGUCGGCGUCGGUGUGAGUCUCCAUGCUCUUUUUUGUGUUGGAAGUGUUGAUUCUAUGUCUUGCCAGCAAUGUCUUUCUACUUUAGUGGCCUGAGCGAAAUUAACGAGGCUCUUUACACCGCAAAGCUUCGCGUAAAUAAUGUUACGUGCUGCGAUUCGUUCCGCGUGAAUGCCGCAGAAUGGGUGCUAAAGCCUGUUUCACGUGAUGAGAUUCUGCUCGCAGUUGCAACGUCGCUCGAGCUACAAGAGUGUGACGGCAGCUGCAAUGCUCGACGUCACUGAAAAUCGCAGGCAUAAUUGGACCAAGUGAAUCGGGCAAAACAAAUUGGCAAUCAGCACUGUAAACAAUUGUCAACAUCUCCUUGUAUAUACUGUUUAUACCAAGCCUACUUACCCCGAACAACCGUCAAACUAGAAGUCUUUUGGAGCCUGCACAUACUUAUCGCGACCUUUGGUUCACUGGCUGUUGUCGUGUGAAUGAGCAAAUGACAGUUUGACCGAAUUUGAAAGAGCAGACAACAGUCUGAAUGUGUUUGAAAGAGCAGGCGACAGUUUGAAUGAGUUUGAAACGGCAGACGACAGUUUGAAUGAUCAGACGGCCGUUUGAAUGUGAUGACGCACUGAGUGGUGGUCCGCAUUUGGUCCAGACAGCUUGACCGUUUUCCCACAUUUAUGUUGGAACAAAGCAAAUCAGACGACCAUAAGUUCCUGUGAAUUCGACCCAAAGUGCUCCCCGCACGAGCAAUCGUGAUCCAACGGCUUUCAGUUUUCCCUUUUCACGGCACCUAUUCAUGUUCCCGGACAAACUGGGCAAGCAGAAAACACAUGAAAGCAUCUUCACAGCUUUCCCAGCUCUUUUGGUACAGCCCCAGUCACGUCAUCUUGACAAGAAUGUAGGUUUUAACCAUUUUAGUGAAAAACCCGAGACUGAGGUAUUGACGGACGACGACAAGGAGGAGAAGAACAUCUCAAACACAGCUAAACCUUCAUUGAGGACAAAGCCCUUUAUAUAGGACUAAAAAAAAGAAGGAAGGAAAGGGAACCCUUCUUCACACCACCUCUCUCAACAAAAGAUACGACACCUGGUUCUUUCCAGAACAAUACAGGAAUGCCCGUCCUGCACGGUGACUUCUGCCCACACCUCAGACCGAAAUUGCACCCAAAACGCCACCAGCGCGGCAUGUCAUAACUGAGUUGGGUUAGUGUAAAUAUAUAUAAACAAUGUGGUAUAUUUUAUACCAUUUUAUCAAUGUAAUAUAGUAUGGAAUUAAAGGCAGUAUAGUUUGGUGGUUUCAGUUUGCAGUUUUAAAGGCAGAGCAGAAGGAACUGGCCAGAAUAUCCGUAUUGUCACAUUCUUUACAUUCUUCAGUACUAUUUGAAUGAAAAUUUUGUGGAAAAUCGAAAUUUCAAAGUUGUGGUACAUUUCGUAUGUUUUUACUGUCAAGUUUAAUAUUUAAGUACUUUCAACUUGUUUUUUCUCGUUUUUGUAGAACAAUAAUUGAUAAACACCCUUGUUAAAAUGUCAUACAGAGUAUUAAAUAAACCUUCCUAGAAAGGUAUGUCUUCUGUAUUGAGAUGUGCCUGCCAUAACUACCGUUUCUUAUAAGCGAACCAAUUUUUUCGGAGGAUAGUCUGCAAGACAUUACAGUGUUUUAUUUAUAGGCGUUGUAAGUGGAUGCCAGUGUGCAUGUUUCAGUGGCAGCACUUCUUGCUGAAUGUUUCGACCCUUGAAGUCUAGUGAGGAGAGAGGUUGUUUGACCAAAUUUUGCUUCACUUGCCAGUAGAUUGCCGUUACCGCAAUUUCCUGGAAAGUUGCACAUUUGGGUAGUGUCUGGACGGCUUUUGUACCCGGUGAUGGGCCCAGUCGCGACUUGUAGUGUGCUUGUAAAAGGAUUCUCUGGAGUAGAGGACAUUUGAGAGUUUCACGUUGCACCUCAUUUAUGCCAUAACGGGGCUUGUCUGCCAUUGAUUAGUGCCCAAAAGUGAUUUGUAGCGGAGACUUGGCGAGGUCACUUGAUUCUUGCAGGUCCCUUAACCGAACGGACAGCCUAAAUCACUUCCCGGACAUUGUAGGUGCAAUUCUUCACAAUUCAUACUUUGUUGUUGUCUUAAGUUUUUCUUCUGCUUUCUCCCCUGUAAUUCCCUUGAGCCUCGAGAGUAUGCUAAAUAGAAAAAAAAAAAAUAUUGUAGCUGAUUGAGAUUUAUAUUGUUCUUGCUGUCCUGUGUAAAUAUUUUCUUGAGAUAUAAGUGUUUACAGGUACAACAAGAUGCAUUGUAUGUCGUUGAUUGCCUCUAUUUCACCUUACAAUGAACUACAAGCAACGCUGCGAACCACUGUAGCUAUUCUAGCACUGUGAAUCGUCGCUUUUCCGAAGGUCACAUGCACAGUAUUAGAUUGACUUGAGUAGCUCGAAGUGACCUCUGCAGUUCAUUGUGAGGUCAAUUGGAGCGUUGGGUAGGCUGCAAGCUUUGUGCCCGUUGAUUUUUUUUCUGCCUUCCGCUUUUAAAGAGGAAAUUUGGAAGCCAUGGCGACUGUAAAUAUUUGCUUGUGUUUUUGUACGACUUAUUAAAAUUUCUGUACCUUGUAA